CCGGGGAAGCCCAUGCUAUGCUUUUCUUCUCCAACGCGCUAGGCGGCGCUAAAGCUCCGUGAGUUGCGGGGGAGGCAUCGCGACGCCACUCGGCGAGGAAAACGGCACACAGAAGCGGCGGAGACAACGCAGCGCCCAUGGCAGACGAGAAACCCAAGGAGGGAGUGAAGCCGGAGAAUAACGAGCACAUCAACCUGAAGGUGGCCGGCCAGGACGGCUCGGUGGUGCAGUUCAAGAUCAAGAGGCACACCCCGCUCAGCAAACUGAUGAAAGCUUAUUGCGAACGGCAGGGAUUAUCAAUGAGCCAGAUACGAUUUAGGUUCGACGGCCAGCCGAUCAAUGAAGCGGACACGCCGUCACAGCUGGAAAUGGAGGACGAAGAUACGAUCGACGUGUUCCAGCAGCAAACCGGAGGAUGUUUUCCUUAAAGACUGUUUCCCGCAUCUAUCUCUACCUCCCUUUCCGCGUCCUCAUUUCGACCCGGUUUUCGUCGUGCGUAUGCUAUCAGCCAGUGGGAAUCGCAUCACCCAGCGAGCGAGCAGGCGGCGGUUGUUGUGACGUCUUACGCAAAUGUUAACUUGUUUGUUCUCUCAGCAGUUCUGGGGGGGGGGGGUCAAGAUUUGCUGUACUUAGUUUUUGUACUUCCAUCAUUGAUGGUUUCAGGUCGAGUUUUUUGGUAUUCAUAAAGCGAGCAACUCUGCAAUUUGAAUCCUCUCUGUGAUGAAAAUGUAUUAUUGGAAUAAAUUGUCUUUUUUUUUCCCCCUUUUUUUAAACACCCACCUCUGUUUUUAAGUGGGAUAACGCAGCUGAUAUUAAAUAAAG